UCAUUUUCUCGUGAAACGGGGGGAGUAGAGUCACAGCUGGAGCGAUAAUAAGAUGCGCAUGAAUUUACUAUCUGGCAAUAGCGGCAUAAAGAUAAGACAAACUUCAAUAAAGCGGACGUUUCAGUAGGUUAUUGCGCGUAUUCACAGACAAACUAGAUUCGUAACAGUGAACGGCGCCUAACUAGUGCGGCUUACAAAAGUUGAUUGAACUUUACGCUCGGCGUUCCACAGUUGAUGGAGUUGCUAAGUUUCUGUGCUUCACUUACAAUGGAUAGGAAAGCAGCCUUUGCUCAUUGUGAAGUGGCAGGUUUCCUGUGGUCGGAGUGGUUUACUGACUUCAGCAAGGAGAAGAAAGGUCUGUGGUCAUGAAGUUUUCAAGCUCAGUUGCUGAAGUCUGGGAAUCGGUGAGAACUAUCCCAUUCACCUGCGUGCAUUAAGGUGGGCGGUCAAGCAUUUGCAAGAGAACUCCAUCAUUACUUCAUGCGAAAACACCCCAAACAAUGUCAGUUUAGACACACAGGGCUCCUACCAGUUUCCUUUCCUUUGGAAUGAGGAGAGUACACAGAAGCGGCGGUGCUUAGGGGAGCACAAGCCCAGAACUCAGAAACACAAAACAACCCUCUUUUGUUUGAAUUAUUUUGUUGCACCCACCGGCCCCCGUCGGAGGAGGAAAAACCCCAAUGUCUACCUCCUCCCCCGCGUCCUUACCUCGAGCCUACGUCCACUCGCUCCAUCCGCACCACCCGUCCUCGCCGCCCACCCCGUCUCCGUCGCCCAGCCCGCCGGGGCCACUCUACAGCCGGCUCUCCAACGGCAGCCACAGCGCCUCCAGCCCCACCAACUCCCGGGGCUCUUUCCAUGGCGUGUCCUUCCUGCUCCAGAUCGGACUCACCAGGGAGACGGUCAGCCUGGAGGUGGGGGACGUGUCGCUGUCCGCCGUCAAGGACCUGGUGUGCUCCAUCGUCGACCAGAAGUUCCCUGAGUGCGGCUUCUUCGGUAUGUACGACAAGAUCCUCCUCUUCCGCCACGACCUGAGCGACGAGAACAUCCUGCAGAGGCUGAGCGCCGCCGAGGACAUCCACGAAGGAGACCUCAUCGAGGUGGUGCUCUCCGCCCUAGCCACGGUCGAGGACUUCCAGAUCCGCCCCCACGCCCUCUAUGUGCACUCCUACAAGGCCCCCACCUUCUGCGACUACUGCGGGGAGAUGCUGUGGGGCCUGGUCCGCCAGGGCCUCAAAUGUGAAGGUUGCGGGCUGAAUUACCAUAAGCGCUGCGCCUUCAAGAUCCCCAAUAACUGCACCGGAGUCCGAAAGAGACGUCUGUCUAAUGUCUCCCUGCCCGGGCCCUCGCUGUCGGCCCCCAGGCCCCCGCCUGCAGAGACCGCUGUGGUCGUCAUCGAAGAGCAGCAGCAGCGGUCCCACCAGGAGGCGGGGAAGCGGAUCCUGUCGUGGAGCGGCCGGCCCAUCUGGAUGGAGAAGAUGGUGCUGGGCCGGGUGAAGGUUCCACACACCUUCGCCGUCCACACGUACACACGGCCCACCAUCUGUCAGUACUGCAAGCGCCUGCUCAAGGGCCUCUUCCGCCAGGGCAUGCAGUGUAAAGAUUGCAGGUUCAACUGUCAUAAGCGCUGUGCUUCCAAGGUACCCAGAGACUGUUUGGGAGAGGUGGUCUUCAAUGGCGAGCCCGCCAGCCCGGGGCCGGACUCGGACAGCACGGCGGACACCAUGGACACCAUGGACACCAUGGAGGUGGACAGCAGCGACACGGAGGGGCUGAGGGGGCUGGAGGACCCCGAGGAGCCCACCACCCCGGAGGACAAGAUGUUCUUCAUGGACUCCCCUUACCUGGACCGGGAGAAGGACGAGGAGCCCGUCAAGAUCAUCAGCACCUCCACCAACACCAACAUCCCCCUGAUGCGGGUGGUCCAGUCCAUCAAGCACACCAAGAGGCGGAGCUCCACGGUGGUGAAGGAGGGCUGGAUGGUGCACUGCUCCAGCAGAGACAACCUGCGGAAAAGGCAUUACUGGAGACUGGACAGCAAGAGCCUGAGUCUGUUCCAGAACGACACCGGAGCCAAGUUCUAUAAGGAGAUCCCCCUGUCUGAGAUCUUGCAGGUGGAGCCGUGCAGGGACUACAGCCAGCUGGCCCAGGGCAGCAACGUGCACUGCUUUGAGAUCAUCACCUCCACCAUGGUGUACUACGUCGGUGAGAACCACGGAGGCCACUACCACAGCCCCACGCUGGCCGCCUCGGGGGUGGGCCCCGAGGUGGCCCAGGGCUGGGAGAAGGCCAUCCGGCAGGCCCUGAUGCCCGUCACCCCCCAGUCAAGUGUCGCCAGCGCCGCCGGACACGGCAAGGACCACAAUGAGCUGUCCAUCAGCAUUUCGGUGUCCAACUGCCAAGUUCAGGAGAAUGUGGACAUCGCUUCAGUGUACCAGAUCUUCUCUGAUGAGGUGCUGGGCUCCGGCCAGUUUGGCAUUGUCUAUGGAGGUAAACACAGGAAGAGCGGCAGAGACGUGGCCAUCAAGGUGAUCGACAAGAUGCGGUUUCCUACCAAGCAGGAGAGCCAGCUGAGGAACGAGGUGGCCAUCCUGCAGAACCUGCAUCACCCGGGCAUCGUGAACCUGGAGUGCAUGUUUGAGACCCCGGAGCGUGUGUUCGUCGUCAUGGAGAAGCUGCAUGGGGACAUGCUGGAGAUGAUCCUGUCCAGCGAGAAAAGCAAGCUGCCCGAACGCACCACCAAGUUCCUGGUCACGCAGAUACUGGUGGCCUUGAGACAUCUGCACUUCAAGAACAUUGUUCACUGUGACCUGAAGCCGGAGAACGUACUACUGGCCUCAGCAGAACCCUUCCCUCAGGUGAAGCUGUGCGACUUUGGCUUCGCCCGCAUCAUCGGCGAGAAGUCGUUCCGCCGCUCGGUGGUGGGCACGCCGGCCUACCUGGCGCCGGAGGUGCUGCGCUCCAAGGGCUACAACCGCUCGCUGGACAUGUGGUCGGUGGGCGUCAUCGUGUACGUCAGCCUGAGCGGCACCUUCCCCUUCAACGAGGACGAGGACAUCAACGACCAGAUCCAGAACGCCGCCUUCAUGUACCCACCCACGCCCUGGAAGGACAUCUCGGCCGAGGCCACGGAUCUGAUCAACAACCUCCUGCAGGUGAAGAUGAGGAAACGGUACAGCGUGGACAAGUCACUCAGCCAUCCCUGGUUACAGGACUACCAGACGUGGCUGGACCUCAGGGAGUUCGAGACGCGGCGCGGCGAGCGCUACAUCACCCACGAGAGCGACGACGCGCGCUGGGAGGAGUACUCGGACGAGCACUGCCUCGUCUACCCCAAACACUUCAUCAUGGCGCCCAACCUGGACGACAUGGACGAGGACCCCUAGUGGUGGGGGGGGCGGGAGGGGGAGGAACGCGCUUUAGAAGAGAAAAACCAUGUGUGCUGUGCUCCACGGCGGACGGCAGGAGGAACUAGAGUGCAACAUGGGAGGACUGCUUUGGCUGGCAGCCUUUCGGGAAAGAGUCCGAAUAGGACCUCUACCAAAAUAAGACCUCCUUCCUCCUCUGGGGGAGGAGCAUGUGAAACCAGAGAGGGUCAAAGGUCAGGCCACAGUGGCCUGUGGAAUGUGGCGAACAGCGUAGGACAGCAAACGUGUCCCGUGGAGGGAGAAGGCCGGCGUGAGCGCGUGGCUCCUGGCUGCGUGAGUUUGGCCACAGCCGCAGCAAUGCGUCCAGACAACUGUUGGGAGAUUGUUCUUUUCUGUUGUUGCUAUGUUGUUUUCUUAGUUUUUUCGAUUUGUCUCUGUUUGCACCGUACAAAAUGACUUUCUUUGGAUUUGCCAAGUUCAAAGAACAAUAAUACAAGCUGAGAAACGCGGUUGAAUAGAAUAUACAACUGAGGUGAGGAGGACGCGACAAGGACCGGAAGAGAAAGUGAGAAAGAGCUUCCCCCGGGAAUAAAGGGCACUUGACACAAGGGAUCAGCGGUAUGUGGUAGACAAUCAUUACAUGGACCACAAUGUACUACAGUUGUAGUUGUCGAUUGUUUGUUCAACUGCCCUUGGGUUGCGUGCAACUGGAACUAACUUGUGUCUUCAUUGUUCAUGUAGUUACUAAUUGUGGUAGGAUUUUCUUUCUUCUCCUUUUUUUGCACUAUGCUAUCAAACGCAACAUUUUGGCUGAGUUAGAGAUCAUUUGCUGCUAUAUCACAUGAAGCAGAGACUGAAUACAUUCCUUACAAGGUGACCAGCUGAGCGUUAGUGUUCAGCAGAAGGCCGGUAAACCUUAGCCACAGCAAGCACAAAGUCACUCGGUCAGUCCAUCCAUGCGCCUAAAUAGCAGAAGUAGGUGUUGGUUAGCCUGGAUACACAAGACUUGUUAGGCCCAGGAAUGGGAAAAAACAAAAUCUUCUCCCUUUACCAUAGAAUUUCCUUGUGAGAUGGUAUUGAGUCACUACAUUUCAAGGCAGGGGUGGUUGUGCAGCCGUCACUGCACAAGGUAGCAUGAACGGAUUCUGUGUUUACAUCAUGUUGGUAUGACGUGAUGUUAUGAGACAAGGCUACGGACAGAAACUCUUGUGAGUUUUUUUCUAUUCACUUUUAUAACUGAGCAUCAUCAUUGAAUUCUACCCUCUUAAUGUGCAACGAUCGCAGUAUUUUUAUUCCAUGUGACCCACAAAAUAACCUUUACAAUUCUGGAAUAUACGUGUUAUUUUUGGUGUAUUGUAUGGAUCUAAAGUUUUGUUGUUGGGUGACUUCAGGAGGCCGAAGUAGGCCUCGGUUUUUGAGAGAACAAAACAUUUUUGGAAGUGAUCGCAUGGCUGCAAUGCAUUUUGAAGUGUGCUAUUUCCUUAUGCCCCUUUGGCUAGACAUGAAAUAUAGUCAUACACAGGUAUAGUUGUGACUUUGAGAGUUUCACUUGGCAAUCAUUGACUCUAAAGGUUUGUUUCCCGUCUAUGUUGCCGCUGGAUUGGCAGGUGUGAGUGUUUUGUACAUUUCAGUAAUGCAAUAAAGACAUUUCUCAAAUGAGAA